AUGAAGAGGCGUUCUGCCCUUUACAUCGCCAACUUCUUAGUGCCCAUCCUGUUCUUCUUCUGUCUGGACUUGGCCUCCUUCUUGAUGUCAGACAGCAGGGGCGAGAAGGUCAGCUUCAAGGUCACUGUGCUGCUCGCUGUCACUGUGAUGCAGCUUAUUCUCAACGACAUUCUGCCUUCCUCCUCAGACAGGAUACCGCUUAUAGUCUUCUGCAUUGGGAUGUUUGGUUUGAUAAUGGUCAGCCUUCUGGAGACGAUUUUGGUGAUGUAUCUGAUUGAGAAAGACUCUGCAUCUGAAGAAAACAACGCAGAUAAAGGCCUGAGUAAGGACUGUGGAGACAAACAGGGAAACUAUGAUGGUUCUUCAAACCUGUGGAUUUCCACGCAAUCUAUCAUGUGA